AUUACUUUUCCCUUCCGGGCCGGAAUUGGUUUCUCUUUUGCUGUCGUCUUUCUGUUGUCCACUCCCCUUCGUUUAUGAAUAAUAUUUGCACAAGUUUAUUUUUACCUUCGGCGACGUUGCAGCAUUUGGCCGCCGAAAGCCGAAAUGGUGUUUAAAGUGACUGUCAGCAGUGCCCGGAGGGCAACAAGGACGCUGUGGCUGCUCGCGCUAGUAAGCCUGCCUGUUUGCAUCAGUGUUUGCCGAGCAUCAUCACCUCAGGAAGACAGUGCCAUGGAGAACAUCGUUACUGAGAAAAAGGCUGAGGAGAGCCACAGACAAGACAGCGCUGACCUGCUGAUCUUUAUCCUGCUCCUCACCCUCACCAUCCUGACCAUCUGGUUGUUCAAACAUCGGCGGUUCAGGUUUCUCCACGAAACCGGGCUGGCAAUGAUUUAUGGCUUAAUUGUUGGAGUGAUUUUGCGUUAUGGCAUCAUUCAUGUUCCUCUGGAUGGUGGCAACAUCACCUUGAAUUGCCAGUUCAAUGCCAGCCCUGCCACUCUGCUGGUCAAUGUAAGCGGCAAGUUCUACGAGUACACAUUGAAAGGGGAGAUCAGUGGCAACGACAUGAAGGAUAAUGAGAUGCUGCGCAAGGUGACCUUUGACCCUGAAGUGUUCUUCAAUAUUCUUCUACCACCUAUCAUCUUCCAUGCUGGCUACAGCUUAAAAAGGAGACAUUUUUUUCGGAACAUGGGAUCCAUCCUGGCUUACGCCUUUCUCGGGACAGUCAUUUCCUGUUUUAUUAUUGGGUUGCUGAUGUAUGGCUGUGUGACGCUAAUGAAGCAGGUGGGCCAGCUGAAUGGAGACUUUUUCUUCACUGAUUGCCUGUUUUUUGGGGCCAUUGUCUCUGCCACAGACCCUGUGACAGUCCUGGCCAUCUUUAAUGAGCUGCAGGUGGACGUGGAUCUCUACGCAUUACUGUUUGGAGAGAGUGUGCUUAACGAUGCCGUGGCCGUGGUUCUGUCCUCCUCUAUAGUAGCAUAUCAACCAGAAGGAGACAACAGCCACACCUUUGAGGUUAUGGCGAUGUUGAAGUCUUUUGGGAUUUUCCUGGGAGUUUUCAGCGGCUCAUUUGCACUAGGAGUCGCCACUGGAAUCGUCACCGCUCUCGUGACUAAAUUUACCAAGCUGCGAGACUUCCAGCUGUUGGAAACAGCUCUGUUCUUUCUCAUGUCAUGGAGCACAUUCUUACUGGCUGAGGCUUGUGGUUUCACAGGUGUGGUAGCAGUACUCUUCUGUGGAAUCACUCAGGCCCAUUACACCUACAACAAUCUGUCUCCUGAAUCUCAGGACAGAACCAAACAGCUGUUUGAACUUUUAAAUUUCCUGGCAGAGAACUUCAUUUUCUCCUACAUGGGAUUGACCCUUUUCACGUUCCAAAACCAUGUCUUCAAUCCGAUGUUCAUCGUUGGAGCUUUUGUAGCAUUAUUCAUAGGAAGAGCCGCUAACAUUUACCCUCUCUCCUUCCUUCUUAAUCUGGGACGACGCAACAAGAUCAGAUCCAACUUCCAGCACAUGAUGAUGUUUGCAGGCCUGCGAGGUGCAAUGACCUUUGCACUGUCCAUCAGGGACACUGCAACAUAUGCUCGUCAGAUGAUGUUUUCCACCACUCUGCUCGUGGUCUUCUUCACUGUAUGGAUUUGUGGGGGUGGUACCACUCAGAUGCUGUCCUGCCAGCGCAUACGUGUGGGAGUGGACUCGGAUCAAGAUAACUCUAUGAGUGUUGGUGAAGGUUCAGAGAGAAGGAGCACCAAACAAGAAAGUGCCUGGCUUUUCAGAAUUUGGUACAACUUCGACCACAACUACCUGAAGCCCAUCCUGACUCACAGCGGCCCCCCUCUCACAGCCACGCUGCCUCCCUGCUGCGGCCCCCUCGCUCGCUUCCUCACCAGCCCUCAGGCCUUUGAGAACGAAUGCCAGCUGAAGGAUGACGACUCUGACCUCAUCCUGAGAGACGGUGACAUCAACCUGACAUAUGGCGACAUCACAGUCAGUACAGACGCCAGUGGCGCCCACACUAGCGGCGGCCCGGCCUUUGCUGGCGCUGCCACCUCUGAUGACUUGGACAGAGAGUUAGCAUACGGAGAUCACGAGCUGGUGAUGAGAGGCACGCGCCUGGUGCUGCCCAUGGACGACUCGGAGCCGCCCUUCACAGAGCCCCACCACCGCAUGCGGAUGUGAAAGUAGUCUUUGAAUACAGACCCAGACAACCGUCCGACGCACCCUGACCCGAGCCAUUGAGCAAAAGACCAGUACCUGAGUCUCCUAUCACCUCUCUGCUUUUUUUCUCUAGCACUUUUGUUCCAUCUUUCUUGCCACAUUUUCUCACAUAUUCUAUGGGGCAAAUCAUCGUCUCUACCUCAUUGUCUUUCUGCUUAUUUCCACACCUUUCUGCCAUUACUGUAAUAUAGUCAUAUUUAUUUGCAGUUUUUUUUCUUCAUAAAUCAGUUUUAAAUCAUUUCAGCUUAAAUUUCUGUGUCACCUUACUGUAGCAUUGCACAGAGAUCUAGCAGCAUGUGUCAGUGUGUAAAUGCAACCACUAGCUAACUUGUCGGUGUAAAGUAUAUCCCAAGAGUACUAUAACUUUUAUAUGCAUGCUGAGGAUGCUAGUUGUUUUCUUAGUUUGGGAGAUUGAGGGCUUUUGUGUUGAAUGUUGCUGCCUUCUCUCUGUGGGUCAGAGGCAAGCUGACCCAGUGGACAACGUUACUGUAAAUUUGGUUACAAUCAAGUGCCUGGGAAUUGUAGUUUUUGGCAGCCCAGUACUGGAUUAGUUCUGUUAAGCAGAGCUGAUUCAAUAUGGUCAGUCAUUCACUUUUCCAUUGUUAAAAAAAAAAAAAGAUAAAAAAAUGCUCAACAUAAAACAAAGACCUCUGUCCAUAAGGUAGCAAUAUACUUAGUGCGUGUUUGGGCUGUCAGUCUGUGUGCUAUUUGCUUGUAAAUAGUGUGUAACAAUGUGAUGCCAGUGUUGCAGUGUAACCAGGCAGUGAACAUGUGGAUCUCUCCCAAUGACCUUUGACUGUGACAUAGAGGGAGACUUUACACCUUAUUUUAGAGGCUGCUGUCGUUCAUGGCAGGACGAAGGGCUGUUGUUUCGAGAUCCAAAUGAGAUGAGGCGAGAACGCUUAGUGCCAUUUCUGUCCUGCAUUUUUACAUUUUAUGAAAUCUGAAUGCAGAUGACCUUAAAGUGUUUUGUAUUCUUUUUGCAACAGAGGUUUGUGAGCUGAAUCACCUUUUUCAUAUCCAUUUUCUAGUCUAUAUUUUCUCAUUCAAUGAACCUGAACAACACAUCUAGAUACAUGAAUCUGAGACUAAAUUAUCUGCUACAGUGGUAUUAAGAGCGUUCAACUGAUAUUGUGCUUAAUGAGAACUAUCUAUCUGCUUUUGGUAGGGCUGCGAACAGCAAUUCAUUCAUCUGCCAGCAGUUGUUUAAUAAAUUAUUUGGUGGAAAAAAAAUGGGGAAAAAAAUGAGAGUAGUGAACAAUGCGCAUCAGAGUUGCACAGACCUUAAAGAGUGUUUCAGGAAAAAAAUAUGAUUUAGGUAAAUUUUUUAUUCAUGAAGAUCAAUGUGAUGUGAGUUGCCCAUUUCUUUUGAAUAAUGAGCCGUAAAGAUUAAAGAUAUCUGCCUUCUGUCAAAUAUAACCAAACACAAUCUUGUGGUGUCCAAAACAUCGAGAAACACAGAAAUGCUCCUUUUACAUCAUUACUUGAAAUUAAAUCUACAAACUGUCUUUGAGCUGUUUAAUUUAGGAUCUAUUUUAAUGAAACUACAUCCAGGCACGAGCCUCUAGUAACAGGUAAAUGCUCUCCUCCUUUAGUUAAGUACAUGAAACUGUCCACAAUGCAGUUUUCUUUUUUAAAGCUGGUCAUGAUUUCCAGAAAGAGACGUGUUUCUGAGUUUUGAGCAGUUUAGUUUCAUUAUAUAAGAGAGAAGGUGCACCUCUCUAAAUCUGGGCUACUGACACCCCAAAAAGUCGAGGUGUCACUACAAGCCAGAAGAAAAACUAUAAUUAUUUGAUUUUUUUUUUUUUUGGGCAAAUUACAUCUUUCUACUUAUUUCAUUGUUUUGUUUUUGUCUGAUUAUCUGAUUAAAAAUGUAACGCAAGUCUUCAGAAUCUGUAGAUAACAUUACCUUUGUUCAACAGCAUGACUUAGAUCAUUCAUUUGGUAUUAAAAUGAACGCAGUACAAUUAUUUUAUUUACUGGCAGAACAGUUAAUCAAUCAACCGCUGCAGCUGUGAAUUUAUCGAUUGUGUUGUAUGAAGUUAUUUUCAAAAGACAAGCCCACAGGAUUAAUCAGUCCGUCCACAUGUCAGCAGAUAUUUUCAGUGGCACUGUGGUAGUUUGUUAUUAUGCAGACUGCCAGAACAGAGCAACAAUAGCUGUUUAAAUGCUGGGUGUUUCUGUCUGCUGUACACAGUAGAGUUUUUGAUGUGUAAUGGUUGACCAUGAACACAGAGGCACAUAAAGAGAAACAUGCAGUGUAUCAAAGGUACUCCUGGCCGGAUGUGUUACAUUUGACUUUGUAGCCUUGUGUCAGUGUUCGCUGUUGGGACUAUUUCAGUGCGUGGACAAGAAGAACGGAAGGUGUCGUCAGCUCCUUUGGGUGCGGAGUACAGCAGCUGUUAAUGUGAGUUUAACAGGAAGUGUUGAUAGCACAUCACCGUGGCAACACUGUGUUGAUGCAGACUGAAGCUAGACAACAUUUGGUGACUUGAAGCAAUCAUGGCGUUUUUUCUUUUUUUUCUCAAAGUUGUUGUUUUGGCCUCCUAGUGACCCAAAGAGAAAAAAAUACUGUGUGUAUGCAAAAUGGAUCUUUGAGGAGGAUGAUGUGGUUAAAGAGUGAGAAGAAGGGGUGACUGGGGGGCUUGUUAGGCUCUUGUUGUUGAGCGUUCAUGUGUUGGGAUGAUACGGAGGUACAAGGAAGAGAAGGCAUGCUAGAUAUCGCUUUUCCUUCCACAGUUAUCUUCUGCUGUGCAGGAACUUCUUAUUUCUUCUUUUUUUUUUUAUCAGUUAUGUCUCUAAACUCCACAUUUUCUAAUAUAUGAUUUGUUGAUCUCACAGUUUUGUUUUCUUUUUUAUAUGUGUAAGUGUGUUUCUGAAUAUUUUUUUCUGAAAAAGGGACACAGUGAAGAAAAAUGAAUGAUUUGCACUUACUACAAAUGUUGCGCUGUUUUAUUCUGUUUUUUUUCUACUCUUGUUUUUAUCUUAGUUACUUUUAUAUUACUUACACUGAAAGGUUGUGGGAUUUGCAAAUUCAUGUCAGUGAAUUCAUCUUAAGUUGUUUUCUGUGCUACUUUAUGAAGGAAUAUCCCCACAUUGCUCCAUCUUAUUGCUUCGCCAUUCAGGUACUUUGUGUGUAAGUUGCUGCUUGAAUGCCGUUGCCAUGACUUGUGCACAGGCAUGAUUCAUUUAUCCUCUGCUGUUAUGGACUCUUUGGCGUAGUGGGAACCAAAAGUGAAAAAUUAUACAAGGAAUAUUGUGAUCCACUGUUCUUUGAGACAUUAAAAGAUGUGAAAUCUGCAAAAAGUAAAAGAGGUUUUGGUGUUUUCCUACUGCUCUGCCAGUACGUGUUCUGUCUCUGCUCUCUGAAUGGUGACCUGUGAUAUGCUUUGAUCAUUGGAAAUCUUGUCUGAAGUAGCUGACCAAAGAAGCCUGCUGUGCUCCGUGUUCUCAGACAGUCCACUCUAUCUUUAUACCGCAAACUCUCUGUGUGUGAAUGUGUCUGUGUGUGUGUGUGUGUGUGUGUCACUGCCUGCAUGUGGAUGAGGAUUUGAAUGUGUGGGUAUAUGUGCAAGAGAGAGAGACAGGAGAGAGGCAUUGUGUUCUCUCCUGUCUGUGUUGCAGGUACUGACUGUUUACGUCUGUGUAAAUAUACUCUCACCUGUUCAUUUGCGUGCAACGGUCAAUAAACAGAAGCCUGUGCUUUUGAUUAAA